GUUCUGAUGACGUUGUUAAGUUCAGCCACUCAAAGUUAGAAAACGAAGCACAUGAAUCACAUUCCACCGCCAAAUUGAACCCAAAAGCACUACAAAACAAUGUCUUCUCGGACCAAUCCCAGAAUUAUAAUUUAGACCUUCCAAUCCAUUCCAUGCACGUUUCCCUCAUCCCAAUCUUUCGGAAUUGAAACCCAAUUGUCCGCUAUUCGCCGCCGGCAGUUCUCGCCGGCGACUUUCAGGUGCUGCAAUUUUUGUUGAGAUUUUGAGCUGUAAGUAGUUUGAUCAAAUAAGCAGCAAGAAGAAUGCCUGAACUUCCCAAAACAAUUGGGCUGGAAACAUGUGGAAGCUACUUGAUUUUCGAGGGCGAAACUGCACUAGGUGGAGGUGUUCGGGCAUUCUUGUAUGUUGCAGGUCUUGCUUACUGUUUCUUUGGUUUAUCUGCCAUUACUGCUCGUUUUUUUCGAUCCAUGGAGGCGGUUGUGAGCCACACAAAGAAGGUGGUUGAUAUUGAUCCUUACUCUGGUGAUCAAGUUAUAAGGCAUGAGAAAGUGUGGAACUUUACCAUUGCAGACAUUAGUCUGCUGGCCUUUGGAACCAGCUUUCCUCAGAUAUCAUUAGCUACUAUAGAUGCUAUACGAAACAUUGGGAGCCUCUAUGCUGGAGGUUUGGGUCCUGGAACACUAGUUGGUUCUGCUGCAUUCGACCUUUUCCCCAUCCAUGCUGUUUGUGUUGUAGUUCCUAAAGCUGGAGAGUUGAAGAAGAUUGCUGAUAUAGGAGUCUGGCUGGUUGAGCUCUUUUGGUCCUUUUGGGCAUAUAUUUGGUUAUACAUAAUUCUAGAGGUCUGGACACCAAAUGUGAUUACAAUAUGGGAGGCCUUAUUGACAGUAUUACAAUACGGAUUACUGCUGAUACAUGCUUAUGCUCAAGACAAGCAGUGGCGCUACUUUUCUCUUCCUUUGCCAAGAAGUGAGAGACCAGAGGACUGGGUGCCAGCUGAGCCAGUCGGAUGCAAGCUUGAUAGUUGUCUUUGUGAUGAGUACUCUGAAAUGUUUCAUGUUGGGGAAGAUGAAAAUAGAGAGGUUGUUGAUAUCUUCUCCAUACAUUCAGAAACAGGAAAUGCUGUAGGUCUAGUGUAUCAACAAGUCUCUGGGAUUGACGAAAAUCCUGAAUCCUCUAAUAAAAAUUGUCAAGAGACAAUGGUUUCAGAAGAUCAUCCAGUUUUCACACUUUGGAAGCAACAAUUUGUAGAUGCAGUCCAGCUCGAAAGCACAGAGUCAAGAAAAAUGAACAACAUCUAUUUGCGAGUGGCAAGAAUUUUUUGGCAGUUACUUCUUGCUCCCUGGAGACUAUUAUUUGCAUUUGUUCCUCCUUAUAAUAUUGCUCAUGGCUGGGUUGCCUUCAUUUGUUCCUUAAUUUUCAUCAGCGCAAUAGCUUACAUUGUAACGCAACUGACUGAUCUCAUAAGCUGUGUAACAGGAAUAAAUCCUUACGUAAUCGCAUUUACUGCAUUAGCAAGUGGAACUUCGUGGCCAGAUUUAGUUGCAAGUAAGAUUGCUGCCAAACGUCAGUUGACAGCUGACUCUGCCAUUGCAAACAUCACUUGCAGCAACUCGGUGAAUAUAUAUGUUGGCAUCGGUGUUCCAUGGCUGAUCGACACUGCAUACAAUUAUUUUGUAUUUAAAGAACCACUUCGGAUUGAGAAUGCAGCGGGUCUUAGCUUCUCAUUGCUUGUAUUUUUCGCAACUUCAGUAGGCUGCAUUGCUGUUCUGGUAAUUAGGCGUUUAACAUUGGGUGCAGAGCUUGGAGGACCAAAGAUUUGGGCAUGGAUUACCUUUGUGUUCUUUAUGUUGCUUUGGAUAAUCUUUGUAGUGCUCUCUUCCCUCAAAGUUUCUGGCAUCAUAUAAGAGAUCUUUUUUCCCCUUCCAUUAUUUGUACCCCAAUAUUGUUUCGGGUGAUUCUUUACCCUCUCGGUUAGUUAUAUGAAAGUGAAUGUAUACAAAAACCCUUACAGUGUAGCAUUGCUAUAUGAUUACAAAUGUAUUAUGCAGUUAAUGGCUUCAAGCCAUGUUAUCAAAUGUACCCACCCCUUCAUCGUACGUCCUAUGAUCUUAUGACUCUUUAGAUUGUAGGAACGAGCUUAUAUUGUUUC